AAUUGGUGAAAGACGAGUCUCUGAGAUUUCAUUUCACAUCACACAGCGAGCUUCUUCACCCUCUUCUCUCUUCUCACUCUCUCGAUUCCCAUUUCCUCUCCUUCACCGCCAUGGCUAAGGGUCCUGGUCUCUACACUGACAUCGGCAAGAAAGCCAGGGAUCUGCUGUUCAAGGAUUACCACAGUGACCAGAAGUUCACCAUCACCACCUUCUCACCCACUGGAGUUGCUAUAACUUCAUCAGGAACCAAGAAAGGUGAACUGUUUGUGGCUGAUGUUAACACCCAGUUGAAGAACAAAAACAUCACAACUGAUAUCAAAGUUGAUACAGAUUCCAAUCUCUUCACAACUAUCGCUGUCAAUGACCCUGCUCCUGGUCUGAAGGCUAUUUUUAGCUUCAAAGUUCCUGAUCAAAGGUCUGGAAAGGUGGAGCUUCAAUACUUGCAUGACUAUGCUGGUAUAAGCAGCAGCAUUGGGCUGACAGCAAACCCAAUUGUUAACUUCUCUGGGGUUAUAGGAACUAACGUUCUUGCUCUUGGUGCUGAUCUCACUUUUGAUACCAAGAUUGGGGAAUUAACAAAAUCUAAUGCUGGACUCAGCUUCACCAAAGAUGACUUGAUUGCAGCAUUGACUCUGAAUGACAAAGGUGAUGCGCUGAAUGCUUCAUAUUACCAUGUUGUUAGCCCCUUGACCAACACUGCUGUUGGGGCUGAGGUGACCCACAGGUUCUCAACUAAUGAGAACACCCUCACCCUUGGCACCCAGCAUGCAUUGGACCCAUUGACCACAUUGAAAGCUCGUGUCAACAACUUCGGCAAGGCAAGUGCUCUCAUCCAGCACGAGUGGCGCCCUAAGUCAUUCUUUACCAUCUCUGGGGAGGUAGACACCAAGGCCAUUGAAAAGAGUGCUAAGGUUGGAUUGGCUUUGGCUCUCAAACCCUGAUAAUUUUGAUCCUUGGCAAGACAUUGGGUUAGGCUUUUAGGAAGCAUAGUUUGUCAGACUAUUAUUUUCUUCAAGUUGGUUCUCUUCUUGGCUAAGAAGUGUUCAUGGUGUUUUCUUGGUUGAGCGAUUCAACUUUGUAGCCAUAAUAAGUACCCAAAUGUUACUUCUAAAUGCCCACAAGUUCAGCAAGCCUCUUUCAUUGAGCUGAGGGCUGGUACCUUUUUUGAGGUUUUGACAUGCGGAUUUUAUGCCUUCUGAUUUGAUGGUUAUUUUUUGCAAUAUUCCUUUGCAUGGUUUCUUCUGA